UGUACACGCAUGUGUAUAUACCAUCACAUAACAUAUGUUUAUAUAUGCUUCUCCAUAUAAUCGUAGAGAGAGCUCAUUUGCCUUUUACAGAUCCGUUUCUCUCAAACAAAAAACCUCUUUCUUUCCCUUCUCUUCUUUCUUCUUCAAGGAACCCUCCAAGAGAACAGAGACAGAGCAAACUAAUUUCCUGUCUGGUCGUAACUUCACAAGUAGCUUUACCUUUUAUCUCAGUACCGGGUUCUUGUUUGUCCUCUUGUCUCUUUUUCCUCUUCCUCUGAGACACAAACCAGCGGAGAAACCAUAAGCUUGAAGGUUUUCAAGAACUGAUAUGAGAUAAUCCCAAAGUUCCAUUGUCUUUUAGAGUCAAAACUUCUGAGACCAGAGCUAAGAAAAUAGAAGAGAAGAUGUCGGCCAAGCUUUUGUAUAACUUGUCAGAUGAGAAUCCAAAUCUGAAUAAACAGUUUGGAUGUAUGAAUGGGAUCUUUCAGGUGUUUUACCGGCAACAUUAUCCAGCGAGACGUGUUUCCGUCGCCGGAGAUGAGCUCAAGUCUCUGCCCUCAGGCAAAACAAGUGACAAUGUCGGUGUUACCAACGUUUCAACGGACAAGAAGGAAACGGAGAAGAGUAAGAAGAAAAAGAAGGCUGCAAAGGAGAAACAGAAGGUUGUCUCCUCUGAAUCUUCCUCGAGGCUGUCGUUUUCUUCUUCACCAUGCUCCUCUAGCUUCUCCUCUGCAGAUAUCAGCACCACGACUUCUCAAUUUGAACAAUCUGGUUUGGUUCAAAUGAGUAAUGGUGAGACUCCGGUAAGAGAACCAACCAACGGGUCGCCAAGGUGGGGCGGUUUAGUGAUGUCGAGUGAUUUAAGGGAGCUUGUGAGAAGCUCCAUUCAUAAGGAGACCAGAACCAGAGAUGAAGAAGCCUUGUCUCAGCAACCUAAAUCAGCCAGAGCUAACGUGUCUCUUCUCAAGGAACCAUCACCAUCUCGGAGUUCUAAUGAAUGGAGUGAGGGGCGGAGAGUAGUGAAGCUGAAAGACAGUCCUCGGUUCUCUUACGAUGAGAGGGAGACGAGAAAGACAGGAGCCAAGUUUAAAGAGACACCGAGGCUGUCACUAGACAGCAGAUCGAAUUCCUUUAGGAGCGCAAAGUCUAGUUGCUCACCAGAGGCGCAAGACCUUGUAACGACAGGUCACAGAAGAACAACGUCGAGUGUUGUUGCCAAGCUGAUGGGUCUUGAUGUCAUUCCAGACGAGCCUGUUACUGAUCAGAGCAGAGAGAACCACUUCUGCGACUCUCCGAGGCCAGCUCCUAGAGUGGAAGCAGAUCUACAAAGAUCAAGAGGCUCAGACUCAUUCAAGAAGAUGAUGCCUGCUGCCAAGUUUCCUGUGAAGACAGCUCCAUGGUCGCAAGUGGAUGGUGGUGCCAGGAACCAAGUCAAAGCAGCGGACGCUGCUGCAACGCUGACGGUUUAUGGUGAGAUACAGAAGAGGCUUUCGCAGCUUGAGUUCAAAAAGUCCGAGAAAGAUCUCAGAGCUCUACAGCAGAUACUCGAAGCAAUGGAGAAGACGCAGCAGUUAAUGAGCAAAGAUGAUGACAACAGUUCCCUUAGCUCAACCAGUUUUAUGCAGCCAAGUCCAUCGUCCAAGAGUAUCAGAUCUUCCUCUAUCGUCGUUAUGAAAGCAUCUUCUGCUCCAGUUUUCAAAGAGAGAAGCAACUCUAGUUCCACCUCUUCCUCGCCGCGGAGUGUUGCUUUACCAAAUGUCAAGGUUUCAAACCAGAAGGUCACUCAGAGGAAGCAGAGCGCCAUGGAUGUGACCCCAAGGCCUGCAACAAAAAACACUAGCACCAGACCGUUGCAGUCGAAGAUCGAGAUAGCCAAGUCAAGGAAGAGCAGUGUCAGCCCAAGAGCACAACCAAAGAAGCUCGGUUUCGAGAAGCAGUCUAGACCGACGUCUCCAAAACCAGAACCGAACAAGAACCAAAGACAACAACUUAUCAGGCCACAGACGGAAUCAGCUUCCCCCAGAAGAAAACCAGGGGUAAAAUCUCGCGGCGUGCAGCAGUCUGAAGACCGCUUGAGCGAUGAGUGCAGUGACUUGAGGAGUCUAAGAUCUGACAGCAACGUAAGCUCGGCCUCUAACCUUGACAUUGAGGUUACAAGCAGAUAUAAAUGCGACUUAACGGAGCAGCACACACCAAAACAAAGGAGCCCAGAACUGGGAAUGAGAUCUCUGCCAAAACCUCUGAAAAUUACGGUGGAGCAGCCCAGCCCGGUUUCUAUUCUUGAUGUACCCUUCGACGAUGAUGAGUCACCAUCCCCUGUAAGGAAGAUAUCCAUUGUCUUUAAAGACGACGACCAUAUACGUUCUGAAGAGUCCCUGUGGAUGAACAAGCACAACAACUUAUGUAGAUCGAUUGUGUGGCCUGAGAGUAACACGAGUCUAACUCAGCCUGAUGCUGAACUUACUGAGAGUUUCACGGAAGAAGGUGCAGAAAUAAGAAUUGGCGACCACAAGUACAUCUCAGAGAUACUGUCUGCAUCAGGGCUUCUUAAGGAUAUCGACUACAACAUGCUAAGCAUUCAGCUGCACCAAGCACACCUACCAAUCAAUCCGAGCCUUUUCUUUGUCCUGGAACAGAAUAAGACAAGCAAUGUGACACACAGAGGCAGAGGAUUCGGACAACAGACGGCGAACCUGAUAGGGAGAAGCAUGAGGAAGCUCGUGUUUGACACCGUCAACGAGAUCUUAGCUCGCAAAUUCGCAGCAGAAGGGUGUACCAAGCAGCCAUACAUAACAUCACCAAUCAGGCCGCUAAUGACAGCAGACAAAAGCUCAAGAGGGGAAGUACUUCUGGAAACUCUGUGUUCAGAGAUUGAUCGAUUACAAGACAACUCAAGCUGUAUCUUGGAUGAGGAUGAUGAAGACCUCAUUUGGGAGGACCUGCAAGGCCAAGGCAUGAACUGGAAGGAGAUUGAAGGAGAGACACCGGGGUUAGUGUUAGACAUAGAGAGGCUAAUUUUCAAGGACUUGAUAAGUGAAGUCGUGACAAGUGAGGUUGCAGCUUUUCCGGGAAAUAAGCUCAGUGGGCAACCCAGGCAGCUUUUCCAUUGCUAAUAUGCCUACGUAGAAGUGUAAGAAGGAUCUAAAAUAAUCAAAUUUAAAGUGUAGAAAACACGUGAUUUGUUGGUUCUCUGAACCCUUUCUUCUGAUCUUUUCCUAAUUGUUUAUGUAAAAACUCAACUCAAGAUAAAAGGUACAUUAUGUGUAAUCCAUUAAGUAAAUUUAAUUAUCAACACUGCCACACUUAAAAGGAAA